UUUGCUGUCAGUUAGAAGCUUGUCUCGUGAUGUUAUUUUGCUGCUGCUGUUCGGGUGUGGACUUUGAAAAUUUAGUGAUUGCGGCUGAUUUCCGGAUCGAAAAAUGAACACCGAAGACCUAUACUGGUUCACGUUUAUACUGGUAACAAUCGUUGGAUACUUUACGUUCAAACUUCUAACCCGGUAUCGGCAUUUGUUCUCCCUACGGGGCGUUGCCUACGAGAAACCGCACUUUAUCUACGGAAAUUUGAACGAUGUCUUGAGUGGGAAGCAGUCCACUCUGGAGCUGGUUCAGGAGUUUUACAUUAAAUUUAAAGAUGAAAGGUUGUUCGGUUUCUACAACUAUCUCAGCCCAGUAUUUUAUAUCCGUGAUCCACGAUUGGUACGCAAGCUGUGGGUGCAAGAAUUCAAGCAUUUCGCAAAUCAUGAGUACUUUUUAGAUGAAAAUAAGGAUGCUAUUCUGGGUAAUCAACUGCAUCUACUCAAGGAUGAUAAAUGGAAGCAAAUGCGGCAGAUGCUCAAUCCGAUUUUCACAGAGAAAAACGUGGCACUGAUAACUUCAUUGGUACGGACUAAUUCGUUGGAUUUGGUAGAUUAUUUUAAAGCUUCCGUAGAUCAAGAGCUGGAAUUUAAAGGAAGCUUUCAAAAGCAUGUGUUUAAUGUGAUCGCGAGCUGCGCUUUCGGGCUAGAAUUGAAUACCUUCAAGGAUGAAUCAGAUCCAUUCUGUCACAUAGGAAGUUCACUGGUGUCUGGAAACAAUCCGGUGCAGACACUGAAAACUAUGAUGUUCUAUCUUUUUCCCAGUAUAAUGACGAAAAUGAAAGUCCAACUGAUGGAGUCUAGUCAUGCGAAAUAUUUUUUGCGGAUUAUCCGGUCUGUAUUGACAGAGCAAAAACGAAGCAAUUUGAGUCGGCCGGACAUGAUACAGUUUCUGAAAAAAGUCAACAAUGGGGAACUACCGCUGGAUUCGGAGGACGAAGAUUACCUUCAGAUGCGGGACUUCUCUAAGCGCAAGUGGUCCGAUGUCGAGCUGAUCGCGCAGUGCGUAACAUUCUUUGGGACGGGAUUCGAAACAAUGGUGAACUUGCUAUCGUUUGCCAGCUACGAGCUGGCGGCUAAUCCAGAUGUUCAGCAACGAUUGCUGUUGGAAAUCCAAAAUAAUUUAUCGGAAAAUCCACUAACGUACGAAACGGUCAACCGGAUGACCUACUUGGACAUGGUGAUCAGCGAAACCCUACGCAAGUGGCCAGCUUCACCCAGCUGCGAUAGGCAAUGUACUAAGGAUUUUCAACUCAGUGAAAAUGGUUUCCGGGUGCAAUUUCGCAAAGGUGAUUCCGUUUGGGUAUCACUAUGGGCGAUGCAUCGCGAUGAGCACUUCUUCCCAGAACCCGAACGGUUUGAUCCAGAACGUUUCGGUGAGGCAAACCGAGAUAGGAUCCGCAAUUCGGGAUACAUGCCGUUUGGCUUAGGGCAGAGAAAUUGUAUCGGGAAACACUUUGCUUUACUGGUGGCCAAAGUGACUCUGGUGGAUGUGAUACGAAAUUUCGAGCUCCGACUGGGGAGUAAAAUAAUUCAUCCCCUGCGGCUUGCAAAGGGAUCGGUUUCUCUUGAACCAGAAGGAGGAUUCUGGAUACAAAUAGUUCCACGAUAGCAUGUUUAACUUUUUCUGGUACACAAGAAAUAAAUACCAGUAUUUUAUAUUUUUUCCAA